GAUGAAAUAACGCACAGUGAGCGCCGAGAGCGGUUGGCUGGGGAAGCUGUGUGUUGUUAGCCAUUGUCUACAACCAGCUAAGUUACUACAGUCCGUAGUAGCGGUCCUGCUUGGUCUUGGCAGAAAACACCAGGGUUGCAGUCAUGCCAAGUCUAAAGCUGAUAUCUGCUACCGACACACAGUACUCGGCAACUGUGCUGAAGUCUAUGAACGAACAGCGAAACCAUGGAUUAUUUUGUGAUGUCACCAUUAUCAUACAGGAAAAGAAAUUCAGAGCUCACAAGACAAUCCUGUCUGCCUCGAGUACAUAUUUCCACCAGCUCUUCAGUGUCGCUGGACAAGUGAUCGAGUUAAACUUCAUCAGGGCAGAAAUCUUUGAGGAGAUUCUCAAUUACAUUUACACCUCCAAGAUUAUCCGUGUCCGCUCUGACAUGCUUGAGGAGCUCAUAAAUGCUGGACAGAUACUGGGAGUCAAGUUUAUUGCGAACUUGGGGUCACCAUUAUCUCAAGUUAAGGGUCUCCCCGGCUUGUCGAAGGAGACGGAAAACAAAAGCGACACAGCCACAGAGAUGAUGCCGAUCAUCACAGAGUCAUUCUCAAUAUCUGCGGAGGAAUUCAAUCAGACAAGCAAGCAGGCGGGUAAUGACGAGGACUCGGACAGCGAUGUUAUGUUUGUCUCCCAAACCAAAGCAGCCAAUCAGAAAGCCCGCUCGGGUGAGGUCAUUGAUUUGGAUUCAGCUGACUCAGAAAAUGUAGCAGUAAAUCAGAAUAAAGAAUCAAAUCAAGCGGACGCAAAAAAUACAGAGAAGACCAGAGCCCCUAUUAAAACAUAUACUGCAAAACCCCCCAGCGUCACUUGUCCAAAUCCCAGUUUGCCCAACAACAGCCCUCUGUGCAGUCCAGACAGCAGCUCCAAUAACUCGUCUUCCCCUGCCAGAGUUUCCUCAGGAAGUGCUCCCACAACUCCAGCCAGGUCAAGCAGUUUCACACCUGAGCCCUCGAGUGCCUCUCAGCCCUCUGAAAACAGUGAUAUAAUGGGAGUCCACAAGAAGCAAGUCACUACUUCAUCUCACCUAGGUGAUUUCAAAUUAAGGCUCUCGGAUGUGUCUGAAAGCCCAGCAAAUCAAUCAAACAUUCCUAAAUCAACUAUAGCAGCAAAAAAGACAGUGACACUCCACACAGCCACAGAGAUUGAUUCAAUUUCAUCAGGCUGUAAAGUGUAUGCCAAUAUUGGAGAAAAUACGUAUGAUAUUGUCCCAGUGAAGGAAGACCCAGGCGAAGGAGGCUCUAAAGCCAAUAAAGGGAAGAGGUCAUUAAUGGCAACGCCCUUGAAACCCCUGGAGAAAACACCCACGUCACCGAAGGCCAGCCCAAACAAGAAGAGGACCAAAACAGAGCUUGAGGAUCACUACGAGCUGAUCAUGGACGGGAAGACUUUCUACGUGUGCAUCGUCUGCAAGCGACCCUACGUGUGUCUGACAAGUCUCCGCCGCCACUUCAACACCCACUCGUGGGAAAAGAAGUACCCGUGUCGCUAUUGUAACAAGGUCUUUGCACUGGCCGAGUACAGAACUAAACAUGAAAUCCACCACACAGGAGAGAGGAGGUACCAGUGCUUGGUGUGCAAUGAAAUGUUCAUGAACUACCAGUUACUGUCCACCCACUGCAAGCAAGUGCACAACGAGGAUCCCAGCGGGAGGAAAGAGAAAGAUGACGGCGACAACAAUUUAUACCGACUGCUACCAUGUAAAACGGUGCAGAUGAAGCCAUACUCGUGGACUACUGGCGGGCAGGGGGUCCCCGUCAUAUCUGAGGAUGGCAGUGUGCAUCACAUAACGACCCCCGGUGAAGACGUGCACUCUUCCACCCAGACCAGGAUGUUGAACUGGGAUGACAUCUUUGUCGAGCCAGAUGCUCACCUGCCUCCUGGUGAUCAUCCCCGACCGGGGUCAACCAUUAACUCUCCUCCACAGGCAGCCACAGAGUUUGACUUUGUUAUACCAGAGACCUACUGAGCAACAUUCACUGCUCCAUUACUUGUGCCUUUUUAGGUGCCCCCCCACCCACUUUCGUUUUUGGUUCCAUGUCAGCAAUUUUGUCUCUCUCUCUCUCACACUCUCAUUCUCUCUCUCUCUCUCUUCCUCUUCAUUUUUGUUACAAAUAUUUUUUUGCAGUUCUGCUUUAUUUAGAUAGUGACAUCUGGAAAGAGACAGGACAGCCAGAAGAAAGACUGUGCUCACACUUGACAUUAACAUGCAUCUGAGGUGAUCCGAUCUCAAGUGGACGAUGUUAGAUAGAAGUGUAAAUGACUACCAAGAGACAUUGUGAUUUGGCCACUCAAAGCACUUACAGAGGUGGUCUUGGACACACGCGACCACGUUAUCUUGUGUAGUAUAAGUGCUGUUGUGUUCUGAUGAGUCCCCAACAAGGGCAUAACGGAAACAUACCUCAUCAAUGUAGGACAUGGUGGUUGUCUGGGGGGUGUUAGCAGUGGCGUUUAGCUUGCACGCCAACCCUUGAGAUAAUAGAGAGGAGCACUGAUGUAAGUGACUGGAGUGUGGGUUCCUUUUUCGUCUUCUCCUGCGCUCAUUUUCCAGAGCUCUUUAACCUUCUAGGAGAAGUGACGCAGGCAGUAAUGAAAUCUGAACACAAGUGGUCAGCUGGACACCUUGGAGACACAUGAUAGACAGGUGUGAACGACAGUGUGUGCUGUCCACCUGAUGGGUUCACCCAGGACGCAUGUUAAUGCCAGGUGUAAACAGAGUCAGGGUGAGGGCGGACGAAAAACGAACAGACUAGAAGGGAUGACAUGCAACAAAGAGCCCAGGGUGGAAUCAAACCCAGGCUGCUGCGAUGAGAUCUCAGCCUUGAUACAUGAUACGCUCCAGGUGAGCUUCCAGGUUGCACCAGUAAACAACAUUCUGCUGUAAUUCUCGAUAAUGUCUGCAUAAGAUUCAGUCACAUCAGCGUUUCAACAAGCGUGGUGGUGUGACCUGCAAAACAUAAUUGCACCAAAACAGGAAACCGAUGCUUGAUUUUUGUGAGUCGUGCCGACUUCAGUUGAAGUGAAAAGGAGACAGAGCGAAGAGUUUCGAGACAGACGUGUUAUGUGACCAUACCUUAACUCAUGUUACUCUUAUUGUGUAAUAGCCUUGAUCUUUUUUAUCAUUGGAAUAAGUGAUAAUCACGUUUGCAAAAAACCCAUAGUGGUUCACACAAAGUAAAACCGUAAAGGAAAUAGUUUGUAUGGAUAGAAAAAAUUCCAUGCAAGAAAUAAGGUUAUGGUAUAAAUCAGUAGCUGAAAUAAAGUCUUCAUCAGGAUUGGAUGGACAUUUUCACAGAUGUGAGGUGUUUUCUGGACUGAUCAUUCCUGGUUUCCAUUUGAGACUUUGUGAAACCCAAUUCUGCACAAGAGUGUUAAUUAUGAUCUGAAAUAUAUUUUUUAAAUUGUGAUUGUUGGCGAUCCCUCACGUGGGUAUUGUGGCAGGGAAGAUGUACAAUGGUUAUUUAAUUUCAGUGGUUGAAAAAACGGCUAUGGUUUAUUUUUUGCCCAUGCAUUGUUUUAUUUUGAUACACCUGUACACUUUUAUUUCCUAUGGUUGCCAUGUUAUAUGUUGUAUGAAAUGUUAUUUUCAUGCCAAAAUCUGCCGGCUGCAUAGCAUAGGAUAGAAAGAUUGCAUACAAAUGUGAUGAUAGGAUUGAAAUAAACUGAGGAUUAUUUCGGUCCGUACAUAUAGCACUUAGCGUUGGAUAUUUGUUGUAAUGUUUUUACUUUUUUUUUUAUUCUGUUUUUCCAUUUUGUCAAAAUGUAGUGAUGGGUCAGUAUGAGUAAAGAAAGUAGUGCUAACAUGGAAAUCUAUUCAAUAAAAUCAAGCAGGUUUUGUUUUUUAAUUAACAGA